AUUGCCUCAUUUGCUUUCAUUUCAUAGAAAAUAAUAGACUAGCCUUGGAGAAACUGAGAACAGUUAUUCUUCAGACUUAAGUGACAGGUUUCACACUUUUAAAGCAUUGCCAGUUUUCAACUUAAUUCAGUGAACACAGUAUUUCCUAAAGAAAAGUUUUGGGAGAGCUUUUGUGUUCCAGUUGUAUUUGCAUUAUUUUACUUUUUAAUAAUUCGUUUUAAUUUUUUUUUGUAAUCUCUAUACCCAACAUAGGGCUCAAACUCAUGACCUCAAGAUCAAGAAUUGCACGCUCCUCGAGUCGAGCCAGCCAGGCGCCCUACAUUUGCCUUAUUUUAAAAUUUACUUUAUAUUUUAUUUAAAAUUUGUAAGAAUAUUGUAUUCUAAAUUCUAAAAUUCAUUCUGGUACAUUUUCUUGCCUUACUGUAGUGAAAGCCAGUAAACAGACUAGGAAAUGUUUGUUCCCUGUAUUAGGAUUUGACAGUAGAGUUAGAACAGUUGUUAUUUUGGCCAGCUUUGGCAUAGUCACACCAUGCUUUCUUACCAGUCAGUCAGGUAUAAGUUGGAGGGGUACUAGUGGGGUUUUACAUUUUUCUAGGAGCUCCCAGAUUGGAGUCUCUCUUACGAGAAGAUGCUUAAAGUUUUUUAAAGGAGGUUACAUAAUCUUUGAAGGAGCUAUUUAUAGCCUAGAAAAAUAUGUCCACUUAAAAAUAAGAUCCUUAUAAUUUUAUUUAGUUGUGUGUUCAGUUAGGAAGGAAACAUUUUCAACCAUACAGUUUUUGCUGAGGAAAUAUAAAUGACAAUAAUAUCAAGUACCACUUUAAGUGGUGUUUAGCCCUAAAGAAAAGAUAAAUGUAGGAAUUGCUGUAAUAUUUCAGAUCACAAUAACAUUCGUGGAAUCAUUGCAUUUGUUUUGAGUGCUAACAACCGUUGUUGCAUAUUUUUGCAAUCACUCGAGAACCUUCUGUGGUUGCUGGAAUGUUGCCACCGUCACAUUCUGUUGGUAUAGAAUAAUGAACUAUGGAAUCAGUGACAAUCCAAGACAUGUAGGCUUGGAACUAGGCUAUCUGAGAACUCUACAGUGUGUUGAAGCAACACUUGACAUGGACCAGAAGACUCUGAAGAAACUGGUGGAAUCCAUUAGUAAUACUGUCAAGAACUUCAAAAAAAGUGAAGUAGAAUGUCUCAUAAGACUUUUUCACAGCUUGGUGGAAAGAGCUAAUGUAAGACUUAAUAACCUUGGACUAGAUCGUAAUGCUUUUCGAGCGAUCCUGCACAGCGUAUUUGGAAUGACUGACGAUAUGCUAAUGAACAGGGUAUUUUUUGUGUUUGACAAAGACCACGAUAACUGCAUAAAUGUGAAAGAGUGGGUUAAAGGAUUAUCAGUGUUUCUUCGAGGGACUUUUGAAGAAAAGCUGAAGUUCUGUUUUGAAGUUUACUAUUUGAAUGGUGAUGGUUACAUUUCUCGAGAAGAGAUAUUUGACAUGUUAAAGAACAGUCUACACCAACAGUCAUCUGAAGAAGAGAAUGAUGAAGGAAUAAAAGAGUUGGUAGAUAUAACACUGAAAAAAAUGGAUUAUGACAACGAUGGCAAGAUAUCUUUUGCAGACUUUGAAAAAGCAGUUAGAGAAGAGAGACUUUUGUUGGAGGUAUUUGGACCGUGUUUACCAGAAGCAAAGUUGUGUUGUCCUAGGCAUAAAUCUGUCAACUGCCUCUGAAGAAGUAAUAGCCUUCUGUGCGCCAGGGCAGGCCGAUGAAUUUUUAAACGGUUUCACCCGUAUUUUCUGCAAAGAGUCACUGUGCAUACAACGCUCCAAUGUUUCUUCAUGGUUUCUACCAUCCUGAGAGAAGUUUGAUGCCCUGUCCAUAUGCUCCCCUGAUGAACAUGUACAUUUCGAGGAAAAAUAACAUAAAGGCAAUUCACAAGAAUAAGGAAGACAAGGAUCUGAGUUGCCAGUAGAAGUGUUCAAAGUGGCUGCACAUCCAGAGGUCUCUGAAUGGAAGUCCUGUCUAAAAUCUUGUGUGUUUUUAAGCUCCGUAA